UCAGAGUCUCGAGUGAGACACUCCUUGCUGCAGAGUUGUCCAGCUCACCCCCACAGCCACCAUGACCUUCGACGGCACCUGGAAAAUUGAUCGCAACGAUAACUAUGACAAAUUCAUGGAACAAAUGGGAAUCAACAUGGUGAAAAGGAAGCUGGCUGCUCACGACAACCUCAAGAUCACCAUCCAACAGAAUGGAAACAAGUUUGCUGUCAAGGAAAGCAGCAAUUUCCGCAACCUGGAAAUAAACUUCACCCUGGGGGACACCUUUGAGUACAGCCUCGCCGAUGGAACAGAACUAUCAGGCUCCUGGAACAUGGAGGGAGACAUGUUGAAGGGGAUCUUCAAUAGGAAGGACAACGGAAAGCAACUGACGACAACCCGAAUUGUCCAAAGAGACGAGCUCAUACAGAGCUACAACUACGAAGGUGUGGACGCAAAGAGGAUUUUCAAGAAGUGUUAGACGGAUGAAGACUUGAAGAUUACAUUCAGUAUUGUUUUACAACUCACACCAACACUUCCUUCAAAAAAAAGCACUGGUCUAUUUGUACACAAGUAUAUGCAUCAGAUUUUAAUUGCACAUGGUUUUGAUACGUUCAGUAAUAAAACCAUACUUUGACUA